AUGGUAUGCUUUCAUGAUGUUUGGUCCAAAGGGACCCAGAUGUGUUCCGUGGGAUUCCAGAAGAAGCUCUUAGACGGCCAGACAAUCUGUACCCAACUGGCCACUGCCGAGACCAAGAGGCUUGCCCAGGUGCAGGCCAACCGCCAACUUGUCUCGGAAGCCAAGGGGCACCUCGCACCAGUCUCCGGCCAAGAAGGCUUUCUCAGCCUUGCGGGGAGCCACAGCGUCGCCUUCCUCCGAUGGUGCUGGGUCGUUCUGGCAGCAUCCAUUGAAGAAGCCAUCCCACAACUUCCCAACUUUAUACAGAUGGCGGCCAACUCGUCCAACUCAAUCUCCAAAGCGAUCAACGAGUUGGAGGUGGCACUCCAUGUCGCCACUGCUUUUGAGAAGGGCUUGUCUCUUCCAGAUGCCAUCCAGCAGGCCAGCCAAGGCGACGUGCGAUGCCGUGCGAGUGUCCCCGCCAUCGCCAAAUUUGUCCAAAACUUCGGCGGCGGCUCCCAAGGGUUCCCACUGUUGCAUUUCCUUGCCAAUUUUUCCAAACAGUUCAAUGCAACUCUCCUCGUCGGCACGGAGCUUAUGUCCACCCUCGCCACGCUGUCGGGAGAAAACCACUGGCUAUCUCUCCAAGCCAUCUUGACUGCUUACACGAAGGAAAUCCAUGACCCCUCGGGGGCAGAUGCCAGCAGUGCGGACCAGGCCAAGACCCAGACGGACAUGCAGGUCACGGAUGUCUUGGCGGCCAGCCACAAGACCAUAGCCAUGCUCCAAAACCAUCAUAUGGAAUUGGGCAAGUUGUAUACCAACAAGGACCACGGCGCCAAGGUCUUCGAGUUGACCGACAUGACAGACGACCAUGCCACCAUGACUCACAAGCCGCUCUUCCAUGACCAGGAAGAAGUCCACGUGCCUUUGCGGAAGCUGCCAACGUGGAAGGCCACCAAGGCCCUCAUGCCCAUGUUGUGCCCAGAGGAACUUGCCAGGGAAGGCAUGACGGCGAAGAUUCUGUUGGAGGAGCGGGCCAGGUCAGAGGUCCAGCUCGCUCUCCACAAAGCGGCGGAAAGGCACCAUCUGGAUGCACAGACCAUCGCUUUCGGUCAGAACCCCCAAGGGUUGUUGGCGACCAAGGCAAUUCGCAAAACAAUUCGUUUGGUUCCACUGGGCAUGGUGAACAAAGCCAAGCCGACCACGAAGGAGACCAAGCUUCUCAUCGAGCAUGGCGGGCACACCUGGACGAUUGGGCCAUUCCGCCAGAAUCUCCAGUUCGAAGCAGACAGCCCAGCUUGCUUGAUUCCAUUUUUCUGGUGCAAGCCCACCAGCGAGCCCUCCGAGGUCACCAUGGUGUACUCCACGGUCGUCGAGUCUGGGAUUACCAUCCCCUGCUUGGAGAACCCAGCUCCGCUGGAGCCGCGACAGCAGCUGCUGUUCCUGGCCGCCCAUGCUGAGGCUUCCGAAGCAGACCAUGGCGAGGCAUCCGGAGCGGCGGAGCCAUCAGAGGCGACCCCUAAAGCCAAAGCCAAGAACAAGGCCAAGGCCAAAGAGCAGUCGGAGCCUCCGUCCAAGAAGCCCAAGAAGUGA